AACCAGACAGCCUCCAUAUGUCAUCCACCUCAUACUAAAAACCCCUGCAUACAAAAAUAUUGCAACUACUUUUCAAAUACUUAUAUAAACAAAACAAGACAGCCCUUGUCAUGCUAUUGCUCUCUCUUUCACCUUAACCGACCAUGAACCACAAAUCAACUAUCUCCAAACAACUCGAUGCCAAGCACCAAAGGAUUCUCGAAGGGCUACUUAAACUUCCAGAAAAUAGGGAAUGUGCAGACUGCAAAAGCAUAGCUCCAAGAUGGGCUAGUGUAAACCUUGGGAUCUUCAUAUGCAUGCGAUGUUCUGGGAUUCACAGAAGUCUUGGAGUACACAUAUCGAAGGUAAGAUCUGCUACCCUGGACACAUGGCUUCCGGAUCAGAUUGCGCUGAUUCAAUCCAUGGGGAAUGCAAAAUCAAACAGCUACUGGGAAUCAGAGCUACCUUCCAACUAUGAUAGAGUUGGAAUCGAAAAUUUCAUCCGUGCCAAGUAUAAUGAUAAGAGAUGGAUUCCAAGAAGUGUAAAGACAACACCAUCCAUUAGAGCAAGAGAGGAGAAGCUACUGAUUCAAAGAGUAUCUAUUAAUACAAGUGACAAGGAACAUGUCAACAAUAUUCCAAAGUCUUCUGACGAGAGUGAAAAAUCCCAGCUACAUAAUUCGAACUCCAAGUUACCUUCUUCCAAUAAUAGUAAUCUUGUUCCUCAAACAGUAUCCAAGCAGGAACAUCAAAUAUCAGCGUCACAAGGUUUAGAGAAUGGACUUAAAGAAAAGCAAACUAAUACAAUUUCAGUUGUCUCGCCAUCCAAGGGUGAUCAUGCUACUGAUCUUUUCACCUUGCUCCCUGUGAACAAUUCUGGAGAAUAUGGCCAAAAAGUAGUUUCUCCUAGUGAUAAUAUGAAGAUGGAAAUACAGUUGUAUGAAGCAACACCGAAAGCAGAAGAAACUGUUGUUUCAAAAGAAUGUGAAAGCAAGAUCCAAGUUGACCACGGAUUUGAGGAUCUAUUCCAAGGGUUACAGUGGGUUGCUCAGCCUGUUUCUCAUGAAUCCCCAGAAGAAUCGCAGAUGGAAAUGCAAGGUGUGUUGUCAAAUUUACCCAUGCAUCCUCCACAAUUAGCAACUCAAUCUCAACAACAAUAUUUUCCGAUGGCUAGUGCUGCAAACACUAAUGGGGUGCCUCAAGCAGGUCCCAGGAUCAUAAAUCAAGCUAACUUUAACGGCAUCCACAAGCCGGUUCAGAAUUGGGGACACACAAUCAAACAAGUUCCUCCAAAAACAACACAAGUGGCUGAUCAGCCAAAACUUAUUCAGAUUGGAAAUGUGCAACCUUCAUAUUCUGUAGGUAACUCAGCAUUAUAUAUGAAAUCUAGGUCUAUUUCCAAUGUGCAUUCAGACAAGUUCAGCAGAAUGCAGCAUUCUGCGGGAUCUGCAAGUCCAGUGGUUAGGCGUCCUUCAGCAUCAACAAGAUCACCGGUUAUCCCAACUCAGCUAGGGGGGGACUAUGACUUCUCAUCACUAGUGCAAGGGAUGUUUGGUAAAAGAUGACAUUCAUGUAUUAUUCUAUUCAUUAUAUUUAUUGAUAAUUUUAGCUUGUAAGGUUGCAUGUAAAUUCAGGCAAAGUUUUAGUAUGCUUUGGAGUACACUGGCUACAUCCACCAUGUGGUCAAUAUUUGCAGUUAAGUAUCUAUUGAGAAGAAACAGAGAAUCUAGGGGCACUUAUUUUUUGAGUGGUA